GAGCGCCGCAGGGAUACCGAGGCGUGGCCCGCAGCACGAACCCUCACAGCAGCGCUCCGCGCGGACAAGCUUAAAUGCCACCCGACACUGUGUCAUCACUUUCUCCGCCAAUGGCCUCGGCCUGCUGGGCUUGCUCAACCCUCACCGUCAACAUGGCCAAACUUGGACUGCAGUCUCCCAAGAUCACAGCAUACCUUGGGGAGCGCUAUUUUUGCCCCUCCCGUCGCAUCAUCAGGGGCGACGCCGCCUGCCUAUCUCGUCUCAUAUUGAGCCCAGUGGUCGGGUUACAGUGUUGCUGGCUCAAUAGCAGAGAGUCUAUGCCGGCUGCUUGGUUCUGCAAAUCUCACGAGUCACCUGGUAACGGAGGCUCGGCACCUCAUUACGGAUAAAAUGGACCCAACCCGCCAUGCCCACUGCGGUAUAGUGUUGUCCCCCACGCGCAUCGCGAUUGGAUUGCGGGCUAUUGAUCUGCAGCCCCAUCCUCCAUUGUGUAUUCCAUGGAUUUUCGUUGUCGAAACACUGCAUACGACGUCCGUUCAAUAACGCCUUCGACGUGCCUUCGUUUCCGCUUCCACGUCGCUUAUUCCACACCCAGGUUCCCCGGUGCCAUGUCAGCUAGUCAUUCCAACCGACAGCUCGCUUACCAACGUCCACGCUGUUGCCGUCAGACACGGAACCGAGAUGCGCAAGGCGCACGCCUAGACAUCGCGA